AAUUUGGUGUUACGGCUUAAAAAAAGAAGAAAUAGUAUCAUUCUUCUCUUUGGUGCAAGCAAAACAAUCGAUAAAACGCAGCGUUUUGGCCCAAUUCGUUUGAUCUUAGCAUCGUGAUUGAUCGUCCCUCUUCCCUAAUUCACCGCGUCGACACCGUCACCGGCAAAGCUAUUCACCGUUCCGUUCUGUAAUCAGGGAAAUGGGUUUGUGGACAUUACUUGAGGGACUCCUGCUUCUGGCAAAUGCUCUAGCAAUAUUAAAUGAGGACCGCUUUCUUGUCCCUAAAGGAUGGGGCUUAUCAGAUUUUUCAGGAGGUAGGACAAAGUCUUUCAAAGGCCAGAUUAUAGGUCUCAUUUACGCAACUCAGUACCUACGAGUCCCUCUUAUACUUUUUAACUCCGUCUUCAUUAUUGUAAAGUUGGUUUCUGGGUGAUGUCUAGCAAGGUGUUCGAUGAUCCCACGUCAUUAACCGAGGAGGAGCUGUAUGAAUUGCGAAACAGCUGGGCAACUUGUUUUCUUGACCUAUACAAUCCCGAGGUAGAUUAUGAUGUUGCCGAUGAUGAGGCUUAGGAGCUAGCUAGGUUAAUUUGUGUGAUGUUACAAUGGAUUCACAUUAAUUAGGAUGUUUUGAAUUGUAAUGACUUGUAUUUUGCUUGAAUGUUAUAACAUUUUGGAU